AUGGCCUCUAUGUCGAACCCCGCCUCCGGCGCCGCCAACCCCUCAUCGCGGAAAACAUUCACCGUUGGGACGCGCAAGUCUAAACUUGCCCUUUCGCAAACUGACCUUGUAGUCUCGGCGCUUAAAAAGGUUUACCCUAACUAUGAAUUCAAAAUACACUCGCAGGAAACUGCUGGCGAUUUGAACACAACCAUUGCUUUUCGAGAAUUUACGACAAAGAACCUAUGGACGGAGGAGUUAGAGGAACACUUGAUGGCCGGCAAUGUGGACUUCAUUGUGCACUCUUUGAAAGAUGUACCCACUACCCUACCCCCCGCGUGUACGCUGGGCCCUAUGAUGGAGCGUGAAGAUUCCAGGGAUGUACUGGUCAUCAAGCAAGGGCUACCGAACAUGUCUUUAUCCGAUUUGCCUGCAGGAUCUGUCGUUGGCACCUCCUCCAUCCGCCGUACUGCUCAAUUAGCCUUGAAAUACCCUCACCUAAAGGUUAUUGAUGUGCGUGGGAAUAUCGGCACACGACUCGCUAAACUAGACGCGGAAGAUUCACCUUAUACUUGCAUUAUCCUGGCAGCUGCCGGCUUACUGAGACUAGGUCUCGAUGAUCGCAUCUCGCAGUACCUGGACUCGAAAAACGGUGGGAUGCUUUAUGCAGUUGGCCAGGGUGCGUUGGGCAUCGAAAUCCGAAAGGAUGAUCAGGUGAUGCGUGAUAUGCUGAACAAUAUCGGUCAUAAUGAGACGACAUUUGCCAGCACCGCGGAGCGGAGCCUGCUACGAACUCUUGAAGGCGGCUGCAGUGCACCACUUGGAGUUGAAACCGAAUGGAUUAAAUCAUCUGAUGGUUCGAAGAAGCUCCGAAUGAGGUCCAUCGUGGUCAGCGUGGAUGGUAAGGAAAGCGCUGAGGUCGAAAUCGAUGGAAGUGUCGACUCCGUUCAAGCCGCUGAGGACUUUGGCGUGACUGUUGCCAAGGAAUUAGUAACCAAGGGAGCAGAAAAGAUCCUCGAGGAUAUCCAGCGGAGUAAGCAAGCUGCUUAA